AUGACAAUUGCCUCGGACAUGUGGCAACCGCCCCGUGAACUUCCGGGUGUUAAAUCACGGAAGCGUCCAAUUUUUGAAAUCGCCUUGGGCUCCUUGGAUGGCGCCAUUGGUGGUGUGCACCGCGUGUCCGGCCUCAAGCUCACGCUCGAGAGCCGCGUGGCUGCCUUGGGACCAGGCGGUGAAGUUGCCAUGCAACUUCUGCUAGGACAGCUGUCGCUGAAGGGCGGCAAGGUACAGCGCCACGAGGGCCUUGCUGUAGCCCGGCUGGGUGAGCACCUGGCCGGGGAAGAGGCCUCAGAAGCAGAGCACUUCGAAAGGGCUGCUUCGGAGCUCAAUGAGCAGAGGCCUCAGGUCGUCGUCCUCGAGACCUGGGGCGGCCCAGAGUGGGAGAAGGCUUCCUCACAGCUCCUUGAGGCCUUGCGUGGUUUCCGCGGGGCAGUGGUAGUUGCCGCAGAGGAGGAGGAUGAAUCGGUGAAGUCACUUUGUCCUGUUUGCUGGCGUAAUGCGGCUGGCUGGCUGUGGCAGGAGCCCCUAAAGCAAGACCUGAUGGUGUUGGACGAUAUCAAGGAAGAGGACGCAGACGAAGAGGUCAAGGCCAUGCUGCAAGAGGUCCGCACUCUCUCGAAGGAGGCCUUCUUCGGAGAGGACAGUGUCCAGAAAGCUGCCGAUCGAGGGUGGACACUGUCCCUUCUGGUGGACACAGAGUCUGAGUCCAAGAAGUUUUGUGGCUUCAUUUGCUAUCACCUCAGCACCAAGAGCUCCGAGUUCCAUGUCGCUCGCAUUGCCGUGGUGGCAAGGAGCCGUGGCCGCGGUUACGGCAAGCACUUCAUGCAAUGGACCUUGAAGAAAUGUGCCUUGCUGCCACGUACACAAUGUGCAUGGAACCUUGCCUGCACUUGA